AUGUUACGACUGGUUAAUGCUGGAAUAUCACAAGGUGUAUUUGUUUGGAUUGAGGAUCAUGACUUUUGGAUUGUUGCAGCUGAUGGUUCUUACAUAAAACCAAUUAAAGUAGAUUCUCUUUUAAUGUUUUCUGGUGAAAGAUAUGAUAUAAUAAUUAAAGGAUUAGCAAAUCCAAAAAGAAAAAUAUAUAGAAUAAUAUUUGAAUUAAUGGAACAGAUGAAGGAAAUGGAGGGUGGAAUUUGGAAAAAUCGAAAACCAACAGUUGGAUUAGCUAGUAUUUUAUAUGAAAAUUUAAAAGAGGACAAGGAAAAUAAUAAUGAUCAGGUUGAUUGGACCCAUAAUCAUUGUACAGAAAAUAAAAAAUGUUUAGUUUUUAAUUGUCCGUUUGAACAAUUUCCAUCAUCAUUUAAUAUGAGCUGUAUUUAUGCUGAUAAAUUACAAGGAGAAGAAACAACAAAUAAUAAUGAACAUUUACUAGAAAUAAAAAAUGAAACAAAAAAUGUUUCAAAUGAGGAAGUUAAAGAAGAAAAGGAAAUAAUAAAUGAUGCUAUUAAACUAGCUUUAUUUUCACCAAAAGAAAAUAAGAAACAAAAAUUUAGGGUUGGAAAUUUAAAAUUAAGGUUUUAA